UUGGGUCAGUCCUAUCAUCAGUGUUGCGCUGGCGACACACACUCGUUAUUUUUAUGCAUGAGUGAUUUUCAUCACGAAAACAAUCCGUAAAAGAAACGACGAAGAGUUCUGUUCUGUCAUGAGUUUUACGUCAGGACACGAAAGAAGAAAGAGAUGAUGUACUUGUUCGAUACCCAACAAUGCCCCACUGAAAGCUGAACAGAACACGAUUAGUGUAUGCUGCAAACCGUAAUUGUGAGCGUCAAGCAUGGCAUCUCCAAAAGAAAGUAGCCCUGCUGUGGAGCAGCAGCAGCAGCCUUCAACCGGGUCAUUGGGUAAUGCCAUGAAAACAAUCCUUGCUCUGUCUGUCAAACCAAGAGAUGAGGACAAGAAAUUAGAGAAGAAACCAUCAAAUGCCAUGGCAACAGGGUCAGGUGUCGUGACCUUUGGGGUCAAACUAGAAAGUCGACUCAACAUUAAGGAUCUGCAGCAUCUGAAGAAAGCCUUUAUGGCACAAGGGGACGGCUACAACAAGCGUCUAAAUGUCAACAAGGAAGAGUUCUGUGACCUCCUGGACAGAAUUUUAACAAAGGGAAACAUAGAGGAGUACGCAGAUCUGUUUGAUAAGAUCGACGUUACCAAGGAUGGAAAAGUUGAUUGGGAUAAGUUUGCCUCUCAUUUGCUGUUGGAGUAUGUAGAGAAAGACGACAGGGUCAAAUCAACUCAGGUUCCACAGUGGAAGGACAUCAAGAUGUUACCCAGUCCCCACAAGGAUGUCAUCCACAAGGUGGCCUUCUUGAAGAACACCAGCCGUUACAUUGCAAUCAGUAAAGAAGGGGGCAUAUCGACGUGGGAUACCAGACUCCAUGUUAUGAAGUCUAUAAGAAUAAACAACGACUCUGUCAAGCCUAGAGAUAUGUGGGUGACAACAUUUGUUGUAUUGCAGAACAUCAACAAGAUAGCGUUGGCGUUCACCAGCAAAGAAAUUAUUUUCUAUGACUUGAGCUCCAAGCUGGAAUUCAACUGCCAGUACAGAGUAUAUGGACUUGAGCACACGCCAUUAAGUAUGGACCACUGGAGCAACCCGAACAACUCUAACGAGGCUAUCAUCGUUAUGGGAGACACAGGAGGUAACGUUAACGCGUUCAUGUUCACAUCGGCCAUCAUUGCGCUGUUUGACAGACCUCAGCAGACAGCUGGAGAGGGUCAAGAGCAAGUGGUGAAUGUGCACUUCAAAGAUCUACUGAAGGAGAAAUUCAAAUAUUGCCGGUUGGUUCGGCAUAGUGGGCAUCAAGAGUGGACCAGACAAGUGAAAUAUGCAUUACAUUUGGACUGUUUCAUCUCUUGCUCAACAACCUACCAGAAUGCUAUGGUACUUGGAUGGAUUGAAAAAGCCAGACAAAGGAUGAAAACGAGUUCCUUCAACAUUGCUCAGGGAGUGAAUGCCUUUGAUUAUCAUGAAGGUCUAAACCUUAUCGCCACUGCAGGGGUGAAUCACCACGUCUGUUUAUGGAAUCCUUAUGUUGUCUCCAAACCAGUUGGGCUGUUGCGAGGUCACAUGGCCCCAGUCAUGCACGUCCAGUUCAACCACAGCAGGGGCCAGCUCAUCAGUUUCUCGAAGGAUAAAGUGCUGAGGAUAUGGGAUGUACAACUACAAGUUUGCCUGCAGAGAAUUGCUGGGACUUUCCCUAAAGGGCCAGACUUGGCAACCCACCUUUUCUUCCACGAGGAGCGUAAUCGUCUCUUCAUGGCGUUCAACUAUCAGCUGACUCUACUGGAGAUGAAGAAAGAAGUGAAAGAUCGUGUUCUUAGCCAUGACAAACCGGUCACAUGCGCAAUCUACAGCUCCACCUUCAGUCAGGUUGUAAGCGCGUGUCAGGGGUCAACUGUCAACAUGUGGCUGCUGGAGACAGGUCAAAAGGUUAAGCAAUUCCUCAAUUGCCACGGCAACGCUGAAAUCACCACCCUCGGUUUGGAUCAUAGUGAGACGAGAUUGUUCACCGGAAGUAGCGAUGGCACUGUCAAGGUGUGGGAUUUCAACGGUCACUGCCAUCACACUCUGAAUGCUGGAAUGGGAGAUCCGGCCGACAUCUCACAGGUCGUUGUCCUCAAAAGAAUCUUUAUCAUCAUCGGAUGGAACAGGUGUAUCACUGUCUUCCGAAACCAACAACUCACUCAGUUCCAUGUUCAGCCCUCAGAGUGGAAAGGUGGCCAGGAGCACCACGAUGAUAUUCUAGCUGCUGCAUUCAGCGCCCCGCACACGCUAGCCACGGCGAGCUACGACGGUGAAAUCAUCAUAUGGAAUUCUGGGUCAGAGGUUGCUUCGAGACAUCUCCGCCAACGAUACCUGAAGAAAGUCGUCAAGUCAAGGGCAGGAACUAGAUUGGGUUUCAAGAAAGAAGCAACGAUAGCCUCCAUCGCUACAACUCAGCACUCCACAUCCCAGAAGCAACCGGAAACUCAAAGCCACGCCUCCGCACUGUCUCGUCUCCCGACCAAUCAAUCAGAGACAAUGGAGAGUGCAAAGCCACAGAGACCUGGGUCCAGAUCCAGUGAUAUGAGCGAGGAUGAACAGAAUAAUGUCAUCAUCACUCGAUUGGUGUUUCUGGACGCCAGGAAGGGCCAGUCUGCAUCAGGGGGUGCCAACCUUGUAUCCUGCGGCGGGAACGGUUGGGUCCGCUUCUGGAACACGGCGAAGAACUCGCUGCUGGCUGAGUACAUAGCUCAUAAACAAGUAUCGUUUGUGGUGAUGGCAGUGAAUGAAAACAAUCACAUCUUAGUCACUGGAGACACGGACGGAGUCAUCAAAGUCUGGAACAUACAGGAGUACUGCGUAUUACAAUCUGAAUCACUCAUCACCGAAGCACCACCUCUGAUCGCAUCCUGGCAUCCCCACGGCGAUAUGAUCAACAGUCUGCUGAUAUGUGAGAGAAACGAUCGUACGCUGGUAGUCUCUGCAUCAGCUGAUGGUAGCGUCCAGGUCUGGGAUGUCUACGGUAUCUGUAUCGGAACGUUUGGACAGGAGGACCAUUGGAAGAUCGAGCCUUACCGCCCUCCAGAGGAGGUCUCCAUUGAGGAUAAGGAGUGUGAGGAUUCAGACAGCGGAGAAUCAUUCAGCGCCGACACCUUCGACUCGUCUCAAGAAGAGAUGACAGAGGAGAUGAUGGAGACCCUAAUGGAUCCACUCACCAAGGUCAACACCUGGGAAAAGACCAGGCUAGGUAAGGAAUACCAGGAGCUGAGGAGCAAAAAGAGGGAGAGGAAACAACCAGGGACGAUACCGGAGCUUCCUUAUCUCUACUGGGAUAAGAUCCACGCCGGUCAACCACCAUCUUCUAAUCCCGCUGGAGGACCUUUUGCUCAGCCUUCAGAGAAGCCAAUCCUUCCAUUGUGGACGCAGGCGUUGUUUGUACCAGAGUUGGACGACGUCGGGACGUUAAGGAAGCCAGACUUUGUCACCCAUCCUCAUCGGUAUUUCCGAGAUCGAGAAGAUAUCGUCGAUGCCAAGGUGUUGGCCAAAGAACCCGACGAUAUGACUGAUUGUAAGAAUUCCUACGACGAGCGGAGUCUGUUCCCAAAGUACAUCCUUGAGUUUGAGGCUCGCAUGAAGACCCAGCACCGAGAGGAGCUGGAGGCAUUGGGGGUCAGCCCCGCCCACGGGAAGGGUCGACUGAACGCAGGGCGGCGAUCCAAGGCCUGGUCAGUGAUAGCUAGUCAGACUAACACGGUGAACAGCAGCGGUGGUCAGAGUGGUGGGACCAUGCAGCAGGGUUUGAAGAGUGUGAUUGGGAAUGGUAGACCGGUCAGGCUGUCGCCGUUACCAGAGGGCAAAAGACCAAAAGCACAACCACACGAUACAACAUGAAGACAAUAAAUUCUACCACCAAAACUCAACACAAUUCUUCCAAUAAGACUUCAAAUUAUUCUGCAUUUUGCGCCACAUCACCUUUAAACCAUUUACAAGGUGCUCAAUGUAAACACAUAGCUCAACCAGUAACAAUUGUGAGCACAUCACUUCUGGGGUAUAUUCAUUCAUACCCAAAAGCAGUUAUUAAAAACUGGAACACAUUACCACCACAGGCAUCCUACCCGUCAUGAACAAGAAAUUACAGAUUAUUAAUAAUAUCAUUUGACAUCAAUCAUAACUUUUAAAUUGAUCUGCUCAUACUAAUCAGCAUAAAACAAAUCAUUCACACUUUAUGGUUAUGCAGCCGAAAGAUAAACGGUAUAAAUGUGUUUUUGUCUAGCUUUAAAAAAAUAUAUAUAUAUUUUCUAAAGAAAAUGCAAAAAGCUUCCUUCGCAUUUUUUCUUCUUUUUUUCUUCUAGGGGUUGGUAUUGUCUGUUUUACAAAAGCUUCAAACACCUCUCAUACCACUAUGAUCAUAAACAAAAAUCAAACGUCAUUCCUAAUAAUCAUUGUCAUUGUUGUCAGAGGGAUUGUUUUUAAGGUAAAAUGAAAAUGACAUUGACAUUCUCAGAUCAUGGUCACACGCUUAGCAUACAUUCUUAACUUACCCUCAGAGUUUUGAUUUUGAGGAAUGGGAAUGUGAUGGGCGUGUACAAAUUUACUCUAGCUCUUCGAGUAGGUCACUAUUGCAAACAAAUUUCAAGCUAGAAGGUGGGACCAAUUUCUUAAAUAAGCUGUGAUUACUGGGACGAAAUGUAUUUGUGCUUCCUCUUGCAUAAUGAAUUUGUCACAAAUGAUCAGGAAGAUUUGAUAGUAAGUCACAGUGUGUUUGUUCACAAUUGAUUUGCAUUGUCGUGCUACUCACAAUUUUGAAUAAUUAAGCAUUUUCAAAUACACACUUCAUACAAAUGCUAACCAUACUUUAACACUCACAAACAUUUCACAACUAAUGCCCUAUGUCUGUAACCAUUCUUGACCACAUUACUAAUUCCCUCUAUGUAAGAUUAGGUACAGCACUUGCAGAAACUACGGAGCUUCAGAAAUGCCAUACCGCUUAUCCAGAAGACAAAAUAACUUAUCUGGCCAAGUUGAUUUACUUUGUGGAAUAUAAAUCAACUUGGGGAGUGCUUACUGAGCCUGAAAAUUUAACUUGCCGCGAUUUUUUGUUCUCGCCAAGAUGACUUACUGAAACCAGUAUUAAAGGUCUCGAGACCAGUCUUCCCAGGUCUCAAGACACAAUUUGUUGAAGUCUCAGCUGUUUCCAGGUCUUAAAUUUUGAAGACUCAAUCUCGGUCUUGGAGCAGACUUAAUUCCGGGCCCCUCGGUCUCGGAGCAAAGAUCUAAGGGUCUCUGGUUAAGACCUUUUGAGACCUUAAUUUCACAAUCUUCCAAAAAUAAGAAAUCAAGGAAAAGGAACCCAAAAGAAAAACAAAUUAUGAAAAGUAUAAUUUUUUUUUUUAUCAACCCAGACUUUUGUUUUGAAGAUUUUUUUAUCCAAGAUUAUACAUUAGCAAGCGCUGUACCCUAUCUUACAACACCUGUGUUAUGUUUAACUAUUAGCCAUCAUUCACUCGGGCCUAUGGGUUAUUCAAAAUGUGUUGAUUUCUUGACCCCUUUCCUCAAGGAUUUAACUAUUCAAGUCCUACCUGGGCCUAAUUUCAUUAAGCUGUUUAGCAGAAAAUUCUGCUUUGCAAAUUUCUUUGCUAAGCAAGAAAUGAACAGGGUACAGUCAUAGCAAUGGUGUACGGUAUUUUGGCUGGUAACCUGUUUUUAGUAAGCAAGAGUUUUCUGUGCAUAGCAAGUUUUU